AUGGAUUGGCAAGGGCAAAACCUAGCAGAGAAGCUAAUGCAGAUAAUGUUGCUUGCUUUUGCUGUGAUUGCAUUUGGAACGGGAUACCUUACGGCUUCUUUUCAGACGAUGAUCCUCAUAUAUGCUGGUGGUGUGGUUCUCACCACAUUGGUGACUGUUCCAAAUUGGCCAUUUUUCAACCGCCAUCCUCUCAAGUGGUUGGAUCCAAGUGAGGUAGAAAAGCACCCAAAGCCACAACCAUCACCAAUUGUGAAUUCAAAGAAGAAACCCAUUAAGAAGUAG